UUGAGCCGGUUUCAACCAGAAUCUGAACUCAGAUUCGCCGCGAAUAUGAUAGGCUUGGAAGUAACAUGCGUGGCGUGCCGCUAAUUGUCCGCAAGCUACACGUGCACGACGACUUGUACUUCAGCCCCAGUAAGUACUUAGGGGGACUACCACUUCACGACUUCGGUUGAUUCGAAGGUCUAAAUUGAAUGAUAUCAUCUGUUCUUGCGGGUUCUCUUCGCGCACACAUAGCUAAUUGAGUGGCUCAUGAAGCUCCAGACGGCACAUUAAAGAUUUCCAAAAGAUCAACCUACCUAUGCUAUACAUUCGUCUUCAUGACACACUCGUAUCCUUUAGAUUCGCUCACGAAUCGAUAUCCCCCACUGAAUCACAGGAAACACGUUUUCUGCAUGCACCAUCAGCAUGUCUACGCUUCUCCCGCAACACCCUUGCAAGUGGACGAUGAGGGCUCGUCGGCUCAAGGCUACAUCCCUCCUCUUCUUCUUUCCUCUGUCAGAGUGGACAUUCAGGCGCACUUUGACAGCUCCUUCACCGGCUGCAAAGAGACCUACACUCGGUCGUAAACAAACAAUUUCGCUGGUCGAAAUGCUUCCAUUUGCUUCAUCAGUCUGUAUCCUUGCUGCUCUCGCCUGCGGCUCUUUUGCACUACAAAGCUCCCCGACAGUUUCCAGUACCCCUGAUGUUAGCAGCUCAAGAAUAUAUACAAGUGCUAUCUCGAGUGUCAUAGCUGCGGUGACACCCAUGCUUGCUUUAAUCUACUUCUGUCCACUAUACCUUCUGUAUCGGCACUCAAAGCGGCACCCAAGGUCUAUCAAUAAGAUAUCUGGGGCGCGAGUUCAGCAGUAUGGUCCACUUGUAUAUGUAUUCCUGCUGGCUGUUAGCCUGGCAGAGGUUGCAGAUGCCACUUGGUUGUUGCUGCAAUUUCGCUUCAAUAACAACGCACCUGAUCCCAUUACCCGCAGCGGUGUACGCUUUCUCUUGUUUUCAGCUUGUUGGACGACUGUGACUUCAGGCACAUACACUUUGUUCUUCCUUGAUCCCUUGUGGUCUAGACGUCCAAUUGCGUCCAUAGGCACGCAGGCAAUCUGGGUGCUCGUGACGUGGGUAUUCUGGGUUGCAGGAGCAGGUCUGUUCAACAAGUCGCUUCCUCGCUUGUUCAUGAGUGGAUCGUGCGACGGAGUGGUGUAUUGCGGUCAAUUGCAGACGCUCUUUGGUUUUGCGGUUGUUCAGAUCCUCACCUUGACUUUUGGAAUGCUUGUAAUUACCUGGCUCGUUUGGCAAUCGGCUCGCAAUAUCCGCCAUCCGAUGGUUAUCCGAGUUGCAGCCGCCACAUAGUUCUGGCGUGUAACAUUGUGUACUGCCGCGUUCCAGGGCCAUUGCCGCAUUACCGCCAUAAGUUGCGAGCUAUAGGUUAAAGGCUGUUUGUGUCGUGAACAAUAAUGACUGCUAUAUUAUGUGGAUUUCUGGCAUAUAUCCGACAUGUGUGUGUUGAUAUCAUGUAGCAAUAGCAAUUACCACUACUUAUGCUGUGAAUCUGAUUCAUUCAAUUGACC